AUGUCAAAAUCGCCUUUGACGACACACUAUAUCAUAACUUCUGAAAUACCCACGUACCGAAUAGGAAUUGUGAUAUUUGAUAAGCAUGAUUAUACUGAUAUUUCUCCCAUACAAAACCUCAAAUUAUGGAGAAGAGAGUUGAUGGAAGUACAAUGGGAUCAAAUUUUGAGAUUAAUUGAAGAUGUCACAAGUACUGUUGAACAUACAUGGCAACUGGAAGGAAAUUUAUUAAGAAAUCAAUUUGCGAUCGCAGGUUUGACAGAUGACGGCGUGGAUAAAUUGGCGUUCGUACUUUACAGAGAAGAAGAUAUUAUUUACAAUGAAAAAAUAGAUCCCAUUGCACGCAAAAUAGAGUUAUCACGUAUAAUAGGACGUAAAGUGGUUGGUCAAUUGUUUGGUAUCGCGAUUAGUCCAUCAUGGUGGUCUUGCAUGUGGCUGAACGAGGGUAUUGCUACGUUGUUCGGCGUGUAUACAAUCAAUCAGAUUAUGCCUGAGAGUCGGAUAUGA